AUGGCUUCCUUCAGCAACCUGACUAUUGGUAUUACUGUUGCCAGCUUUACUCUGUUUCAGCUCCUGUUCCAUGUUGUAAGCUCUUGGGUGUCAGCACGAAUAACACCUGGUUUUGACAACCUCAGCCAAAAAAGGAAGAUUGAAUGGAACUCAAGGACAGUGUCCACAUUCCAUGCCUUGGUAGUUGGGGGGUUCUGCCUCUACAUUUUGUUGUACGAUGACGCCGUCAACGCUGACCGACUCUGGGGUGACCCCUCAACUGUGAAACUCAACAUUGCUAUUACCACAGGCUACCUCAUUUCUGAUUUAUUGCUUAUUAUUUACUACUGGAAGGCAAUCGGUGACAAAUUCUUCGUACUCCAUCACUUGGCAGCUCUGUAUGCUUACUAUUUUGUACUGAGCAGGGGUCUGUUGGCUUACUUUGGGAACUUCCGUCUGCUGGCAGAGUUCUCGACUCCUUUUGUCAAUCAGCGGUGGUUUUUUGAAGUACUGGGAUAUCCCAAAUCUUCAAAGGCCAACAUCAUCAAUGGUGUGCUGAUGACAGUUGUGUUCUUCGUGGUGAGGAUUGCCGUCAUGCCUGUAUAUUACAGCCAUGUCAUUUCUUCAUUUGGAACAGAGGCUUUCCAGAGAUUAGGAUUUGCAGCCCAGAGCGCCUGGAUCAUCUCCAGCGUUGCCUUGGAUGUUAUGAAUGUGAUGUGGAUGGUCAAAAUUGCAAAAGGAUGCCAAAAAGUCAUUUGUUUGAUCGGACAGGAGCAAGCCAAAACUGAUAGAAAUGGGAAGUCUGACUAG